AUGGCAGGCCCUGACAAGAAAAAGUCCAAGGCCGGAAAGGCCAAAGGCGAAACCGGCCCGUUGAUCACGGACCCUCGUUUUGCCAGCAUCCAAUCCGAUCCUCGCUACCGUCUUCCAAGCAAACGCCAGACUCAUGUCAAGCUUGACAAGCGCUUUGCGCACGUGCUAGAUGAUAAGGAUUUCUCCCGCAACGCUGCUGUCGAUCGCUAUGGACGCAAGCUGGCAAAGGACGACACCAAGAAGCAAUUGAAGAAGUUCUACCGCCUCGAGGACGAUGACGAGGACGAGCAGAGCGGCUCCGACGACGAAGAAGUAGUCAAGAAGGAGCUGAAGCGCAUCGAUUCUGCCUCAUAUGAUCCUGCACGCGAUGGUGGCUUUGAAUCCUCGUCAUCUGAGGAAAGCUCCAGCGAGGAGGAAGACGAGGAGGAAAUCGAAGGCGAGGUCGAAUUCCCAGAUCAGCAGCAGUCCAAUGUGCCGCUAGGAGAAGUGUCGAAUCGGAUAGCAGUCGUCAACCUCGACUGGGACAAUAUUCGCGCUGAAGAUCUGAUGGCUGUCUUCUCGAGCUUCCUUCCUCCUGGUGGGCGUGUGUCGAACGUCACAGUAUACCCUAGCGAGUUUGGAAAGGAACGUAUGGAGAGGGAGGAGGUUGAGGGUCCCCCGAAAGAGAUCUUCGCGCCAACCAAGAAAAACGCUGGUGGCGAGGAUGACUCCGAGGUAGACUCGGAUGAUGAGGAGGAAGAAAUCAAAAAAUCAAUGAUGAAGGGCGAUGACGGCGAAGAGUUCAACUCUACACAAUUACGCCGUUACCAACUCGACCGACUGCGGUAUUACUAUGCCAUCCUCAAGUUCUCAUCUAAGGAUGUCGCCAAACAUGUCUACGAUCUGGUUGAUGGCGCUGAAUACCUCUCCAGUGCCAAUUUCUUCGAUCUUCGCUUCGUGCCUGAUGACACAGACUUCUCGGAUGACAAGCCUCGCGACGAGUGCUCUCGAAUCCCUGAUAAGUACAAGCCUACCGAGUUUGUUACUGAUGCUCUGCAGCACAGCAAGGUCAAAUUGACAUGGGAUGCGGAUGACAAGUCAAGGAAAGAAGCACAGGCACGUGCAUUCCGGGGUUCGCGAAAGGAUGUUGACGAGAACGACCUGAAAGCCUACCUUGGGUCUGACAGUUCUGACGACGAAGAUUCAGAUGACGAGGAUGGCGGCGUGGAGGUUGUUGACAACACUGCCGGAGAAGCUUCAACUACGAAGCUAUCCAAGAAGGAGGCUGAGAGGCAGCGCAUGCGUGCUUUGCUGGGCCUGAGCGCCGAGCCUACCCGCACCAAGGCCGACGGCCCUGUUGGUGAGAUGGAGGUCACUUUCACAUCGGGUCUGGCUGGCGGUCACGGCAAGGAUACCAUCUUCGAGAAUGAACCAGUGGUCGAAGAAAGCACAAUCGACAAGUACGUGCGAAAGGAGCGUGAGCGCAAGAAGCGCCGAAAGGAGAAGCUCAAGGCUACCAAGCAAGGAGACGAUGAGGGUGCCGACGCGGUGGACAGUGAAGACAACGAGCCUGCUCCAGCCGAGGUACAGGAGGAAGUGGAAGAAGAUGCAGGCUUCAACGAUCCAUUCUUCGACGACCCUACUGGCAAGGUCACCUCCGCUGCCCGGCGCAAGGAGGAGAAGCGCAAGAAGCGUGAGGAGCGUGCCGCUGAAGAAGCGGCAUCAGCUGCUCAGCGGGCUGAGCUUGAGCUUCUCAUGGUAGACGACGAGAAGGCUCACAUCAAGCACUUCGACAUGACCGAGAUCGAGAAGGCCGAGAAACAGUCACGGAAGAAGAAGGGCAAGGGCAAGAAGGGCAAGUCCCAGGAAAUUGCUCCGGCAGAUGACUUCCAGGUCAACGUCAGCGACCCCCGUUUCUCCCGCCUGUUCGACAGCCAUGAUUUCGCUAUCGAUCCCACCAACCCCCGCUUCAAGUCCACCUCUGGCAUGAAGGCCAUGCUGGACGAGAGCCGUAAGCGCAGACGCACUGGUGAUGACGCUGAGGCAGAGGUUGUGCCCGAGACGAAGGAACGCCAGAAGAAGCAGAAGAAGGCUCCAAAGGAGUCUGGCUCGGAGGAUCUGAAGCGUCUGGUGGAUAAGGUCAAGCGCCAGUCGAAGGCAUGA